AUGACCUACACCGGGCUUCCCUGGAGGGACUUGGAGGAGCGCUGGUCCUGGGGAAUCCAAUUCGACCUGCUGCUUCCCAAAGCGCCCCUAUCAGGGCUGGGGCAGCAAAGGUUGCUGCUCUGGCUGCUCUUGCUGCUAAGCUCCCUCCUGCCCUCAGCCUGGCCAGCCAGCCUCCUCCCACGGGAGGAGGAGAUCGUGUUUCCUGAGAAGAUCAACGGCAGUAUCCUGCCGGGUUCGGGUGCUCCUGCCAGGCUGGUAUACCGCUUGCCAGCCUUUGGGGAGAUACUGCUACUAGAGCUGGAGCAGGACCCUGGCGUGCGAGUUGAGGGGCUGACGGUUCAGUACUUGGGCCAGGCGCCUGAGAUGCUUGGUGAGGUUGAGUCAGGCACCUACCUGACAGGUACCAUCAAUGGCGAUCCUGAAUCAGUGGCAUCUCUACACUGGGAUGGGGGAGCUCUAUUAGGGGUGCUGCAAUAUCGAGGGUCUGAGCUCCAUCUCCAGCCGCUGGAAGGGGGCAACCCUAACUCUGCUGGGGGACCUGGAGCUCAUGUCCUACGCCGGAAGAGUCCUGCCAUCGGCCAGGGGCCCAUGUGCAACGUCAAAGCUCCUCCAGAGAGCCCUGACCCCAGGCCCCGAAGAGCCAAGCGCUUUGCUUCACUAAGUAGGUUCGUGGAGACCCUGGUGGUCGCAGAUGACAAGAUGGUGGCAUUUCAUGGUUCAGGACUAAAACGCUACCUGCUGACGGUCAUGGCAGCUGCUGCCAAGGCCUUCAAGCACCCAAGCAUCCGCAACCCUGUCAGCUUGGUGGUGACCCGGCUAGUGAUACUGGGUCCGGGUGAAGAGGGCCCCCAGGUGGGAGCCAGCGCUGCCCAAACCCUGCGCAGCUUCUGUGCCUGGCAGAGGGGCCUCAACACCCCUGAAGACUCGGACUCUGACCACUUUGACACCGCCAUUUUGUUUACCCGUCAGGACCUAUGUGGAGUCUCCACUUGUGACACUCUGGGCAUGGCUGACGUGGGCACCGUGUGUGACCCGGCUCGGAGCUGUGCCAUCGUGGAGGACGAUGGGCUUCAGUCAGCCUUCACUGCUGCCCAUGAACUGGGCCAUGUCUUCAACAUGCUUCAUGACAACUCAAAGCCAUGCGUCGGUCUGAAUGACCCUGGGAGCAACUCUCGCCAUGUGAUGGCUCCUGUAAUGGCUCAUGUGGACCCCGAAGAGCCCUGGUCCCCCUGUAGUGCCCGCUUCAUCACUGACUUCCUGGACAAUGGCUAUGGGCACUGUCUUUUAGACAAGCCAGAAGCUCCCCUGCAUUUGCCUGCGACUUUCCCUGGCAAGGAUUAUGACGCUGACCGCCAGUGCCAGCUGACUUUCGGGCCCGACUCACGCCACUGUCCACAGCUGCCGCCACCCUGUGCUGCACUCUGGUGUUCAGGACACCUCAAUGGCCACGCCAUGUGCCAGACCAAACACUCACCCUGGGCUGAUGGCACUGCCUGUGGUCCAACCCAGGCCUGCAUGGGUGGCCGCUGCCUCCACGUCGACCAGCUCAAGGACUUCAAUAUUCCUCAGGCUGGCGGCUGGGGUCCUUGGGGGCCAUGGGGUGACUGUUCUCGGAGCUGUGGUGGUGGUGUCCAGUUCUCCUCCCGGGACUGCACACGACCUGUUCCCCGAAAUGGUGGCAAGUACUGUGAGGGCCGCCGUACGCGCUUCCGUUCCUGCAGUACCCAGGACUGCCCAACUGGUUCAGCAUUGACCUUCCGUGAGGAGCAGUGUGCUGCCUACAAUCACCGCACUGACCUCUUCAAGAGCUUCCCAGGACCCAUGGACUGGGUCCCUCGCUACACAGGGGUGGCUGCCCGGGACCAGUGCAAGCUCACCUGCCAAGCCAGGGCACUGGGCUACUACUACGUGCUGGAACCUCGGGUGGUAGACGGAACCCCCUGUUCCCCAGACAGCUCCUCAGUCUGUGUCCAGGGCCGAUGCAUCCAUGCCGGCUGUGACCACAUCAUUGGAUCCAAAAAGAAGUUUGACAAGUGCAUGGUGUGUGGUGGGGAUGGCUCCAGCUGCAGCAAGCAAUCAGGCUCCUUCAAAAAAUUCAGGUAUGGCUACAACAAUGUGGUCACUAUCCCUGCGGGGGCCACCCACAUCCUUGUCCGGCAGCAGGGAACCCCUGGCCUCCAUAACAUCUACCUGGCCCUGAAGCUCCCAGACGGCUCCUAUGCCCUCAAUGGCGAAUACACGCUGAUGCCCUCCCCUACUGACGUGGCACUGCCUGGGGCAGUAAGUCUGCGUUACAGUGGAGCCACCGCAGCCUCGGAGACACUGUCAGGCCAUGGGCCACUGGCCCAGCCCUUGACGCUGCAGGCCCUGGUGGCUGGCAACCCCCAGAACACUCGCCUCCGAUACAGCUUCUUUGUGCCCCGGCCCACCCCUCCAACAGCACGCCCCACUCCGCAGGACUGGCUACACCGCAAGGCCCAAAUCCUGGAGAUCCUCCGGCGGCGCUCGUGGGCAGGCAGGAAAUAA